CUGGAGAAUUUAUGGCGUCGAGUAAUGGACAGAAUGAUUUCUCUCUCUCUCUCUGUUUUCUUUUUUUUUUUUUAUAUUUGUAUCAAGAUCUGAUUUUUUUUUUGUUCUUCUCUUUCUUUAAUCUCUCAGUGCAUUUUGGAUAAGCUUCAGUUUUACUAAGAUACACAUCUACGAAAUUAGCAUUCAUUAUUUCAGGACUUUUGUGAGAAAAAAUAAAACAACUUGAUGUUUGAAAUUUCACUGGAAGUUAUGGUCUAACUGUAAAAAAUAGAGUGUUUGGAUCUGAAAAUUUAAAAAAGGAGAAAGAACAUGCUUGAAGUUGUGAAGUCUUUGAAGAAAUUUUGCCAAGACAACUUUGACCAUAUAUAACUUGUGUUUUUUUAGUGGCUGUGAAUGACCUUUUAAAUACUGAAUGGAUAAUGAAAGAAGGGAAAUAACUGUCAUUGAUAACCACUCAUAUUUAUUGCUAUCACUUUGAUCGAGACAUUUCCUACAAUGUAAAAAUCCAAUUUAUUCUAUUUAUUUUUUUUAAGCUAGACAAUGUCAAUGAAAGAGGUUACUCUCAUCUAUGCCAAUGAAAGAGGUAACUCUUAUCUAUGUCAAGAGGUAACUCUUAUGUAUGUCAAGAGGUAACUCUAAUCAAUUCCAAUGAAAGAGGCAACACUCAUCUAUGUCAAUGAAAGAGGUAACUCUCAUCUAUUUUAAAGAUCUUGUCAUGAGCGACAACUCUACAGGGGCGCAGACGUAUGGGUUCACUCAAGGAUUACCCAGUUUUCAACAGUUGCACCCUUUAGACCCAAGAGGCUACGGUUACGUCGCCAACUCUAGCAAUGAGACGACGCUGGAGUCUCGGUCAUGCAUGUCCACCAUUUUACUCACUUUGACCCUGGCGAUCAUCGUCCUGCUGACCAUUACCGGAAACGUAUUAGUCAUCGCCUCUGUCGUUCUGAACGGAAACCUUCGGACAACGACAAACUACUUCAUCGCUAACCUGGCGAUCGCUGACCUGCUUCUGGGCACCACAGUGUUACCUUUCUCUGCUACAUUAGAAGUGCUGCAGUACUGGGUCUUUGGUCAAUUUUUCUGUGACGUCUGGGCGGCCAUUGAUGUCCUGUGCUGUACAGCGUCCAUACUUAGCCUAUGUGUCAUAAGUAUUGAUAGGUAUAUUGGAGUUACUCGCCCCUUGCAACAUGCUCGGAUAAUGCGUCAUACAAGAGCGGUCUACAUAAUUAUAUUGGUAUGGCUCCUUUCUAUGGCCAUAUCAGUGGCGCCACUAAUCGGGUGGAAGGAAGAGGGCGACCCAGACCCAAGGGUUUGCACAGUGACCACCCAGCCAGGAUAUGUCCUCUUCUCCGUGGCCGGAUCCUUCUACAUCCCCUGCCUGAUCAUCUUGAUAGUUUACUUUCGAAUCUAUCAGGAGACAGUGAAAUACACCAAGUGUCUACUGUCCGGCGCCAAACUCUCCAAAGUGGAUGAGGAAAACGUCGUGUCCCUCCGAAUCCACACCGGCAGGCUGGCCGCGACUGACGCCAGGAGGGACAGCAAUCCGCCGGACACGGCCGACGACGACAGCGCGCCGGACGGGGGCAUACCGCAGCAGCUCUUGAAGAAGGAUAUUGGUUGCAAGAGAAACAGCCGCUUGACUUUCUCCAACAAAGUGGCCAAGUUUAAGAGGGAGAAGAAAGCCGCUAAAACUUUGGGGAUAGUUGUCGGAGUCUUUAUUACCUGUUGGUUACCGUUCUUUGUUAUCUUACCUUUAGAUUCUCUGUGCCCGAGCUGUUCCGUCCCUCCCCUGAUGUUCAAACUUUUCUUUUGGCUGGGUUACUGUAACUCCACUAUGAACCCCAUCAUCUACACCUGCUCCAGUCUGGAGUUCCGCAGGGCUUUCCUCAGCAUCCUCUUGUGCCGGCGGUGCCGCACCAGACCCCGCGUCACCCUGACGGAGAUGCAGCUGAGAACCAAAGGCCCCGUGGUCCGGCACCGGCACCGGAUGCGAAGAAGUCAUCACCAGCAGCAGCGUCUCAAGCUGACGUCCCUCCAGGGGUCCAGGUGCUCUCCGGCUGCACCUGGGGGGCCGCCCGUCCUGGCGAAGAGCUCCGGCGAUGACAGCUCCUUGGGUAACCCCUAUCUCCAGUGUAAUUGCAUUAUUCCAGACUGUGGAACGAAAUUAGGCCUUAUUCGUUAUCGUGACUCCAGGACAGUGGGCAAAAACAAAUGUCCAGAGUGCUUGACCAAUGGUCAUCUUCAUAUGAAAAUGAUGGAGACAGCCUUAAGACACGACAUCACAAUCUAUUCCUCGGUGGACACCCAUGACACUCGACGCCCUUAUGGCGUGUACUCCUCUGUCGAGCACCACGAUGCUCAUCGUCUCUGUGGUGCCAAAUCGAAGCUCUGCCCCAACGACAAGGCCGGCUCACCGCUUGCCAGCGCCCACUCGUCAAAUAGCACCCUGAGCUCCACCUCGUCUUUGAAUUCCUCCCAGCAAUCCCCUUCGCCUCCAGGCCACCAGUUGUUUAGCGACAUGAAUGGAUUAUGUAAUCCCCAGACAUCUGGUUGUGAAGGCAACGACGGACUUAUAACAGUGUCCUUUUAUUCUCUCGCGGAGACUAUUUCUUGCAGUGAUUAACGCUCUAAAUUACUCACGCAUACUAUUCACAAACAUUCCGUCACGUACUUACCGUUGAGGACUAUAUAAACGAUUCUCGGCGAUAUAGCUUUAACGCUUGACAAAUAUUUAAGCCACUUUGCCUUCAGGAAUUUAUAGAGUAUUUCUGUUUUUACAAGGAUUAAAGAAUCAAGAAAACGAAGACACGGCUAGGUCAACGUAUUCAGCAUUCAGGCUAGGGGUGUUCGGGGAAGUGGUAUAGAUGAAAGAUCAAGAUCUAUAGUAAAGGUGAUACGGAGGAAAGUUUCACAGCCAUGGUCAAAUUAAUCGAACGCAUGUUAUAGUUUGUAAACUGUAGGAUCAAAGUAAGCUAUGAAGAAGAAGAUAGAGAAAUUGUGAUGACACAGUUCAAAUACAUUAAACACUAUAAGAUAAUGAUAGAUAUGAUACACAUGAUACAAAUGCUACAUAAUACAGAUGUCAAAAUACAUAGUACAGAUGUCACACAUGAUACAGAUGUCACACAUAAUGCUUCUGUCACAACACAUGAUACAGAUGUCACAAUAAAUAGUACAGAUACCACACAUGAUACAGAUGUCACACAUAAUGCUACUGUCACAACACAUGAUACAGAUGUCACACAUAAUGCUACUGUCACAACACAUGAUACAGAUGUCACAAUGUAUGAUACCGGUCAUACCACGUGAUACAUAUGUCAACAAUACAUGAUACAGAUGUAGUCCAUAAUUUAGAUAUCACAACACAUGAUACAGAUGUCGUCCAUAAUUCAGAUGCCACAACACAUAAUACAGAUAUUACACAUGUUACAUAUGUCACACUCAAUGCAUAUGUCACGUAACAUGAUACAGAUGUCACACAUGCUAAAGAUUUCACAUAUGAUAUGGAUGACACAUAUAAUACACAUGCAACACAUGAUACAUAUAAUAAAAAUAUACAAUAACGGUUACGAUAUGAAUGAUACAUAUAAUACACACUGAUAAUACAGAUAUAUAUGAUAGAAUUGAUACAAAUGUAGAUAAUACUUCAUUGUAGGUCAAACUUCCAUGAGUUCCAUUUUCCAUACCUAUGUUGUGUUGAUUAUUUACUAUAAAAAAUGUCAAACUUCUACAUAAACCUAAUCCAGCUCUGGUCACCUUGAAUGCCAACUCAGAAAAAAAAAAAAAAAGAACUGAAGCUUAUCAAAAUAAAAUCGCAGGUUCCAGAUAUUGCAACAAGGUAAAAUAAAAAUAGAAUGGUUCACAGGUAGAUAUGACUGGUCGUUAUGCAUCGAACUAUUGUAUAGUCUCUGAACUAUUUCUUCGAUAGAAAACUAUUUUCUUCUAUUGCAAAUAUAUUACUCAACACCUGUGCUUCUGUAUUUAGUUUCGCAAUAUAUAGUACGGCUUGUCUUUAGAAAUAAAAGAAAAAGAUUUAGUUGCCGAUAAUUGCAUAGAUUGUAAUUUUUUAAUUUUAUGAAGCCAUUUCGGGGGAUUCAGAAACCCAACAUUACCCCUUUUUUUUUUUUUUAAAUUGUACUUGUAUAUCACAUCAAUAAACUCCACAAGAAAUGACGAACUGAUGUGUUUCAACUGCAAAAGACUUACAAUAUCAAUGAACUUUAAAGUUACUGGCCCUCACUGUGAAGAUGUGACUGUGUCACAAAAGAAAUUGUAAUAAUAAUGUAAAAAAAAUAUGUGACAACUUUGUCGUAUAUGUUGUUUAUAUAUGUUGAUGUAAAGAUGAAUAUGUUUAAUAUGUUCCUGUUAUGACAAUAAAAUACAAAUCAACUGUG